AUGGGUGCGUCAACAUCAGAGAACUUCUGGUUCGAUACUUCUUUCGACUUACCAGAUGAGAAGAACCCUACCAAGUUCUCGAGGGUAUGGCAAACCGCUAAUACACAUCAUAUUAAAACUCAUCUAACUCACAUCCAGGGCAAACGAGCACGAGUUGUAGCUGCGGGCAUUGCUACUAUAGCAAACAGCGCCCUGGGCUCAUCAUUACCCUCCGGGGCAGCGAGCGACAUUGCCAAAACAUUCUUAGUCAAAAGUUCUCUUCAACCCGUCUUGAUCAACUCACUCUACAUGCUUGGCUUUGCAAUUGGGCCACUAAUAUUCGGUCCUUUUAGCGAACAUGUUGGACGCCGUCCAGUACUUAUCGGCACUUACUUGGGUUACAUGAUCUUCACGCUGUGCUGUGCAGUGAGUCCCAACUUUCCAGCUUUAUUGGUAUUUCGUUUGUUGUGUGGGAUUGCAGCAGCAGCUCCUAAUGCUGUUGUCGGUCCUGUGUUUGCGGAUAUUUUUGAUCAGCCAGGACCGCGGGGCAAGGCGACCUCAUAUUUCAUGUGCGCAACCUCAAUGGUACCACCUCUUGGGCCUAUUAUUUCCGGAUAUGCCACCAAAUACACCUGGCGGCUGACAUUUUGGAUCGGAUUGGGUAUCGCUGGUGUGUUGUUGCCCCUUGUGCUUUGUCUCCCUGAGACGUAUGCUCCCAUUAUAAGGAAAAAAUACGCCGCUGGCUCAGAGAAUGCGCAAAAACAGGAGUCGAAUCUAGCACAAGAGCUCAGAAUUGUGUUUUCAAGGCCAUUCGUCAUGAUUAGCCGUGAGCCAGUUGUUUUAUUUUCGUCCCUCUACCUGGCCCUUGUAUAUGCGACGCUAUAUUUGUUCUUUCAAGCAUAUCCCAUUAUAUUUGAAGGGGUUUACAAGCUGUCGCCUGGCGAAGUUGGCCUAACGUUCUUGCCUUUUUCCGCCGGCUCAGUCAUUGCAUUGGGUCUCUUUCUUUGGUAUAGCUCAUAUCACUCUGCAGCUGCAAAAGCAGGUGCUCUUUGGGCGAACAAAAUUGAAUACCGCCGCCUUCCUCUUGCAUGUGCCGGUGGCCCACUAAUCGUCGUAUCACUGUUCUGGCUCGGAUGGACAUCAUAUCCAGGAAUUCAUCCAGCGAUACCAGCACUCUCCGGCCUUCUUUUUGCUGUUGGCUAUUUGAUUGAGUUCAUGGCAUUGCUCAACUACAUUACUGAUGCAUACAGGCAGUUUUCUGCAUCUGCCCAUGCUAUAGCUAGCACGACACGGUCGAUAGUAGCAGUGUGUCUGCCGCUUGCUGCGCCCCAAAUGUACGAGGACUUAGGGAUCCAGUGGGCCUGUUCACUGCUUGCAUUUCUGACACUCAUCUUUGCCUGUAUACCUUUCGUAUUCCUUCAGUAUGGAGAUAGGCUGAGGAAGCGAAGUCCAUUUUGUCAGAAGCUAUCCUCUGUCGAACUUUUGCCUUAA